UCAAACCCGUCACCAUCAACCAGCCUUGCCCAACGCUGUCACCUACCUUUGCCGAACCUUGCCUUCGCCCGCACUUGGGUUGCAGAUUGCAUCAAGAAAAUUUCCGACGGAUAACUUCGUUCCCUGCCGUACCGAUCCUACCCGCGCAGCCACACCGUCGCAAGCAUGGCCGACGUCAAGCCCGAGACCCAGCCUGAAGAGCUGCCCGUCGAUGUCGAGCAACAAGACACCCCGGCCGACAACCAACAGGCCGCUGAGGAUGAUGGUCACGAUGAGGAAGAAAUCUCGGCCAUGAAGCGCCGUGUUGCCGAGAUGGAAGAGGAGGCUGCCAAGCUGCGAGAGAUGCAGGCCACUCUGGAUACCCAGACCCAGGACAUCUCGGAUAACAAGGAGGAUAUUGACAGCCGCAGUAUCUUCGUCGGCAACGUCGACUAUUCCGCCUCGCCCGAGGAGAUCCAGGCUCACUUCCAGAGCUGCGGAUCCAUCAACCGAGUCACGAUUCUGCUCGACAAGUUCACCGGCCAGCCCAAGGGAUACGCCUAUGUUGAGUUUACCGAACCCAGCCUCGUCGCGCAGGCCCUCGUUCUUAACGAGAGCGUAUUCAAGGGCCGCAACAUCAAGGUCGUCCCCAAGCGCACCAACAUUCCCGGCAUGACCCGUGGACGCGGUCGGGGUGGUAUGCGCGGCGGCCGCGGCGGCUUCGGUGGCCGGGGUGGCUUCAACCCGCGGGGCUACAGAGGCGGAUACCGCGGACGCGGCGGCAGAGGAUUUACCCCGUACUAG